AAAAAAAAAAAAAAAAGAAAAUAAUAAUAAUAAUAAUAAUCACCCCCAAAUUUCCCCUUCCCUUUUCAAACAUUAUCUUAUCUCCUCCUCUGACCUCCCUUUCUUCCUCCUCCCUCGCCACCUCCUCUCCUUCCCCGAUGCACUGAGAACACACACCUCACCAUUCACCACCGGUUUUGAUAGAGCUCCUAGGCCUGAGGGCCUCAUUUGUUUUUAAUACCAAGUCCAGCUUGGUCUACUUAAAGUUUAACCCGAGGGACCUUUUAGGUAGCCGUUACCCGCCUAGUUCGAGUGACAACUGCGCUUUGGGUCCACUUUGGCGCCGCGACAGCACGGCAAUUAGAGCCUUCGUGAACUACAUUGAAUCGUUCGAUGAUUUCUCCGGAUUCGCCUGAACCGACCGAUAGGUCAGGAUUGUUUGCUAGACAACCUACCGUGUUACACAAAGCAUCUGCACCAACGGUUUCGAGUGACAAUGAAAUUCCUUCAGUUCCGUCGGAUGGCAUAACUCACCAACAUCACCCCGGGGCGUCACAGCCCCUCCCAUCGCUGCAGAUACGGACCGACUUGUCGAGCACAAUGCAGCUGAGUCCCCCGAAGGAUUCCGAUUCUUUCAUGCAUCACAGCAUAUCGUCGAGUAGCCUUCCUCGGCGGACCUCAAGUCUGCGUGGCUUUCUCGAACGGCCUCCGUCCGGCGGAGGCUCCCUGUCCCCGGCGUCUUACCUAUCGUCGCCACAGCUAAUGGCCAUGGGAGACAUCACUCCCUUGCCAUCGCCGAUCACUGGGGCCUCGCCAUGGAAGCUACCACGUCGCAAUUCGCAGUCAUUAUCGCGCACCCCGUCACUGCUCUCCCGGAAUGGUUCCAGCCUCAGUUUGCGACUGAGCGACUCAUCUCAAGUGCUAGGUCCGUCGGAAUGUCGAUCGCGCAGCAAACAGCGUGCCAUGGCGGAGAAACUGGGCGCGGACAAGCAAUCAGACACUCCCAGCAGAACACGUCCCGAGGGGGCUCCCAAGCAUGCCCGCAAUCGCAGCCUGAGUGAGUACGUUCCCCCAGCGAAGGCUAUCCCAAUCAAGCCACGCCCGAUCGCGGUGUCGGGUUCGGCUGUGUCUCAGGGUAUCACGUCAUCGUCGAGCACCGACUCCAAAUCAAACAACUUGCACCGUGAGCAGCAUUUGGCGGUGCACCGCGGAAUCGCAUUGCCGGCCGUCCGUCCUCCGAGCCCGCCGAGAAGCAGCCGCAGUACAUUUGAUGAUGACACGGAACCCGUCAUCCUCACCCCGCAAUCCAUGGACAGCUCGGAUGAAAUCUAUUCAGUGCGUUCUGUUCGGUCCCAACAGCCGCGCAAGUAUCGCAAAAUCCGCCAGCUCGGGCAAGGAACCUUCAGCCAGGUGUGCCUGGCAGUGCGCAUGGAGAUGCGAGAUGGUUUCAAUUCCGAUUAUGGCUCGAGCCUUCAGGGGGUGAAUGCCGCUACGCAAAAGCUGGUCGCGGUGAAGGUCAUUGAGCAUGGUCCGGCGGGCGGCGCUGACGAGGAGCGAUUGGAAGUUUCCCUCAAGCGGGAGGUGGAAAUUUUGAAAUCGGUCAACCACCCCUCGCUUGUGCAACUCAAAGCGUUCGGAAGUGACGAAAAACGCGCGCUGUUGGUUUUGGACUAUUGUCCGGGAGGCGACCUUUUUGAUGUCGCAUCUUCGGGCCCGCGGCCGAUGAGCCCAGAGCUCAUUCGGCGGAUUUUCUCCGAGUUGGUGGCCGCGGUGCGCUACCUGCACGCCAACUUCAUUGUCCAUCGGGACAUUAAACUUGAGAAUGUCCUGGUGACCCUUCCUCACGCUGCCAUGGAGGAAAUCUCGGAUUGGCGUACAUACGAUCGCGCGGUCGUGACCCUUACUGACCUGGGUCUAUCCCGGCGCAUUCCGCAGCCGCCGGAAAGUCCGCUGCUCCAAACCCGUUGUGGGAGUGAGGACUAUGCAGCCCCAGAAAUUUUGAUGGGGCAGCCCUACGACGGGCGAUCCACAGAUGGUUGGGCCCUUGGCGUCUUGCUCUACGCUAUGAUGGAAAAUCGGCUACCAUUCGACGCUUUACCGGGUACUCGAGGGGACCCGGCGAAACUUCGUGCUCGUACCCCCCACCGCAUUGCGCGAUGUGAAUGGUCCUGGUACCGGUAUGCGGACGGCGAUGGCGAAUGGGAUCCUCAGAAGGGGAAGGACUUGGAAGGAGCUCGCGAAUGUGUUGAAGGCCUUCUAAAGCGGAACACCAAGCGUAAAACCCUGGAUGAGAUCGCCUCCAUGGAAUGGGUUGAGAAAGCAAUUGACGUGCCGGGUGGGUUGAAGAGAGGUGACAAAGAGGUACCCUAGAGCUGGUCUCUUGAUUUAUAUUCUACUGUUCUUCCCUUUUGUUUUUCUUCUUUUCUCCUUAUAUUACUUUUGCCACGAUAUACUGUGACGCGUUCUGGGGUUGAUGCAUAGCUGUUUUUCUCACGGACUUUCUUCCUUGCACUUCUUUUUUCUCCCCCCUUUUCUCGUUUCAACCAUCAUUUCCUUUUCUCUUUUUUCUUCUUCGCCUAUUGACAUUCAUCCCCCCCCCUUUUAUUUCAUUCGCUUGCUUUGGCUAGCUCAAAGAGACGGUAUACCCUUAGACUUAUUAUUUUUCUUUUCCCAGUUGGUUGCUCUGCUAGUGAUUUUUACCUUUUUUUUUUUUUUUUUUUUUUUUUUUUUCUUU